CUCUCACGCACCAUGAUCGCCCCUGCUACCCGCCUCCCCGCUGUCGCGGCCGCCGCGCGCGUGUCGACGUUCGCGCGCCACCUCAGCACGACGCCCGUGCCGCGCGACGUCAAACGCCUCACCGUCUUCGGCGCAGGCAGCAUGGGCAGCGGCAUCGCGCAGGUCGCGGCCGCUGGCGGCAUGAAGGUCAUCAUGACGGAUGUCAAGGAGGAGGCGCUCGACCGGGCCAUGGAGACCAUCAAGAAGUCGCUGGCCCGCGUCGCGAAGAAGCAGAGCCCGGACGACAUCGACGGCUUUGUGCAGCGCACCAUGGCCAACAUCGAGACUACCACCAACGGCGAGCAGGCCGUGGCUGAUGUUGACCUGGUCAUUGAGGCGGUAAUUGAGCACCUCCCAUUGAAGCAGGAGCUCUUCGCGCGUCUCGACAAGGCGGCCAGACCCGACACCGUCUUCGCAUCCAACACCUCCUCCCUCCUGAUUCGGGAUAUCGCAGAGUCAGUGAGCCCCGAGCGCCGCGCCCGCUUCGGCGGCCUGCACUUCUUCAACCCCGUGCCGGUGAUGAAGCUUGUCGAGGUCGUGCGUACGCCGCAGACAAACGACGACGCGUACAACCUCCUCCUCCGCUUCGUCGAGCAGAUCGGCAAGGUCGGCGUCAAGGCCAAGGACGUGCCCGGCUUCAUCGUCAACCGUCUCCUGGUGCCCUACAAGCUCGAGGCUGCGCGCAUGCUCGAGCGCGGCGACGCGACCGCCGAGGACAUCGACAUCGCCAUGAAGCUCGGCGCGGGAUAUCCCAUGGGCCCGUUCGAACUUUACGACUACGUCGGUAACGAUGUCACCGAGUUCGUGUCCCAAGCGUGGAAGGUGUAUGCCGACAAGGGACUGCUGCCCAAGGACCUCGUCGCUCCGGUCCCACUGCUCACUAAGAUGGUGGCGGAGGGCAAGCUCGGCCGCAAGACCGGCAAGGGCUUUUACGACUACACGGACCCGUCCAAGCCCAAGAAGGGCUAGGCCGACAAUCAUAGAUAUGCAUGGUUUAUUAG